CCGCCCAGCCACGCCCGCGCGCCUGGCUCGGCCCCGACCCCGGCCUGCUGGGGAAUAACGGCAGCGGCAGCGUCACCUCCAUUUCCUCUAGGGGAGCGGCCGCAGAGAGGAAAAGAAACAAAUCGACCAUUUAGCAAACAGGAGAAAAGAACAAAUCGUAUGCAAGAGUCUCACAUUCUCCAUAUUUUUCCAAUGAAGAGUGUUCUCAUAUAAACCAAAGAUACAUGAAUUUUCUGUGAGCAAAUUACAGUAGGUCGUAAUUUCCUGUCAUGAUUAAAGGGAGAAGGAUACGUACUGUGCUGCAUCAUGCCAUACACAGAUUGGGUAAAGCUGAUAAUCUCCGGAAAGAGUCGUCAUUUUUCUAUCCUCCCCCAGAUGGGGGUUGGGGCUGGGUUGUGGUGCUGGCUGCAUGUACUCAUGCUUUGCUUGUCAGUGGAUUCCACAACGCUUUUGGUGUGUACAUGAUUUCCUUACUUGAGACUUUCCAGUCAAGUAGGUCACGAACAGCCUGGAUUGGAUCAGUCAGUUAUGGUUUCAUUAUGAUUUUUGGUCCCAUUUCUGGAAAACUUUUGCAGAAAUAUGGAGCCAUCAAAGUAGCAAUAUUUGGAGCUCUAGUUGUCAUGUUGGGUGUUAUUUGUUCAUCUUAUGCUGGUGAUAUACGUGUUCUAUUUUUAACCCAUGGAAUCCUAGUAGGUGUAGGAUCAAGUUUUGCUUCUACUCCAGGCUUGAUAAUGGUGAGCCUUUACUUCACCACAAAGCGUUCAUUUGCAACUGGGAUUGUGAUGGCUGGAGGGGCAGCAGGAACUCUGGUACAGAAUCAGGUGCAUCGCUACCUAAUCAAUGCAUUUGGAUGGAGAACUAGUCUGCGUGUGUAUUGUGGAAUUCUAACAAUAUGUAUUUUUGCUGGGUUUGCGUACAGACCACUUGAAAAACGAAGACAUCCAAGUGUUGUUGAAAACUUCCAGACAUCACCAUUAAGAGGUUUUAUUGUAGAUCUGAGUUUAUGGAAGGAUAGUAUAUUUGAGUUAUGGGUUUGUGCUCUUGGAUUAGCAAAAUUUGGAUUUUUCAUACCCUUUGUGCAUAUGAUGAAACUUGCAGGUGACUUGGGUAUUUCUUUGGAUGAUGCAUCAUAUAUUAUGGUAGGAAUUGGAAUGAGCAGCCUGCUUAGUUGUCUUCUAUUUGGGAAGAUCUGUGAUUUAGAAAAUAUCAACCGCCUUUAUGUUAACCAGGCAUCUGUACUGUCUGUUGGGCUGUUGUACUUGACAAUUCCUCUAUGCACAACUUUCCCCUCCCUAGUUGCUUUUGGCUCGCUGUUGGGAUUUUUUGAUGCAGGAAACUAUGUUCUUUUACCUGUUCUAACUCUAGACUUGAUGGGAGCAGAGAAAAUGCCUGUGGCCUGGGGAUUUAUGAUGGCUGUCCACACAAUUAGUUGUUUUGGUCCGCCAUUUGCAGAUACACAAACACAGAGCUAUCUUGAGACCAUUAUGUUUAAUUUUAUGAAUAUUACCUGUAUAUAUGAGCCAGCUCUUGAAAGCCUGAAAACUCCAAAGAUCAUGAUAUGGAGAUGAGUGAGACGAGAGGAGCUCAUUGGAAUAUUCAGAGAUCUUUGUAUCAAUAAGCUUUAUGUAUUUGUUCUUAACUGACUGGGGAUGUUCUCUGUGGAAUCCGGAAUCACUAUCGGGUGAUUAAUGCAAAAUCCCAAAGCCAGUUAUAUAAAUGCCCAUCUUUAUGGCUUGGGCCCCCGGAGAUAGAGACAGUGAUUGGUUUUACCUGUUUUCAAGAGGCUGAGAGACUAAGGGCAUGACUAUAUGUACAGCACUGCAGUGGUACAGCUGUACCGAUACAGCUGUGCCACUGCAGCAUGUCUGGUGAAGAUGCUCUAUGCCGACAGGAGAGAGCUUUCCAGUCAGCAUAAAAAACUCACCUCCACAAGUGGCAUAAGCAGUGUCAGCGGGAGAAGCUCUCCCACCAACAUAGCCCUGUACAUACGAACGCUUAUGUCGGUGUAACUUAUGUCAUUCGGUGUGGAGAAUGUUCAUACCCCUGAGCGACAUAAAUUUUGCCGACAUAG